CGCUGAAGAAGAAGAAACAGCGUCACUAGUGCUAACAAUGGCAGCCGCUUUCACGGAGUUACGGAUGGAUCAACUGCCCACAGACCCGCUGCUGCACAUUUUAUCCUACUUGGACUUCAGGGACUUGAUGCACUGCAGCUUUGUCAGCAGGCGCCUAAACGAGCUCUCUAAGCACAAUCCUCUGUGGAAGUGUCAGUGCUGCAAACACUGGCUGCUGACAGAUGACGACCGACUGCAGAGCGGUGUGUCCUGGUUCUGCCUCUUCAAGCAGUACUACACUGAUCUGGGCCGGUACAUCCAGUAUUACGCAGUGCUGAAGAGGGCGUGGGAGCAGCUCAAGAGCUUCCUGCAGCAGAGGUGUCCACGAAUGAUCGCAUCACUCAAAGAGGGCACCACCGAGGUGGAGCUGAAUGACAUCGAGGCGCAGAUCGGCUGCAAGCUCCCAGACGACUACCGCUGUUCCUACCGCAUCCACAACGGUCAGAAGCUGGUCAUCCCAGGGCUGAUGGGCAGCAUGUCUCUGUCCAACCACUACCGCUCGGAGGUGCUGCUGGAUGUGGAGACGGCGGCCGGCGGCUUCCAGCAGAGGAAGGGGAUGAGGCGCUGCCUGCCGCUCACCUUCUGCUUCCACACAGGCCUCAGUCAGUAUAUGGCGCUGGAGCCUGCUGAGGGGCGCCGGAUGUUUGAGAGCUUCUACCCCUGCCCGGAUCAGACGGCUCAGGAUCCUUCAGCCAUCGACAUGUUCAUCACAGGCUCAUGUUUCUUGGAGUGGUUCACGACCUACGUGCACAACGUCGUCACGGGAGAGUAUCCAAUCAUCAGAGACCAGAUCUUCAGGUAUGUGCACGACAAAAGCUGCGUGGCAACCACCGGUGACAUCACCGUCUCCGUUUCUACCUCCUUCCUGCCAGAGCUUUCAUCCGUCCAUCCUCCACACUUCUUCUUCACCUACCGCAUCAGAAUAGAAAUGUCCAGCAGCGCCUCGCCUGAAGCCGCCUGUCAGCUCGACAGCCGCUACUGGAAAAUCACCACCUCCGAUGGCAAUGUGGAGGAAGUCCAGGGUCCCGGCGUGGUCGGGGAGUUCCCGGUCAUGACGCCUGGAAAAGUACACGAGUACGCCAGCUGCACGACCUUCUCCACCUCGUCAGAGUACAUGGAGGGUCACUACACCUUCCACAGACUUGCCAGUAAAGAGGAAGUUUUCCACGUGGCCAUACCUCGUUUCCACAUGGUCUGCCCCCCAUUCAGAGAGCCUGUGGUCCGAACGCAGCAGAAGGCGUUGGCUAGCUACACGCCUCGCUUUGACGACGACGACGGCGAGUACUGCGACGGAGACGGCGACGACUUCGACGACGUUAGGGGAAUCAACAUGGCUGCCUUGGAGGGAGCAUGGUGUCCUCGACACAUCUGACCUCUGACCUUCCAACACCGUAACAUGCUGAUGUCAGUUAAUUGGGUCGAUGAACAUUAAAAGCUUCCGUAUGGCCUUUGAUUGACCCGCAGCAGGGGAUUAUGGGACGGGUUGUACCAAUGAACCAACCAAGCAGAGCCAUACGGGGACUGAGUCUCACCAACUUCCAGCUGCCAGUGAAACAAAAUCAAAAUGUGAAGGUGCAGUUUUAUAGAAAUGGUCUUUUUCUGUUGGGUGUUUGAGUUUUUGUCAGGACACUGUUUGAUAAGUGAGGAUAAGACGGGCUGGACACCACUGGCGUUGGCCUUUUAAAGGAGCAUCGUGGUUAUCUGUGGCUCCCAAACAAACAGCAGGGAACAAACUGACGCCGGUGGCUUCAGGUUCCAGUUUAGAAUGAGAAAAAAGCCCAUUUGUGUCGACUACGAGACUUAAAUCUGGAGGAGGGUUUUUUGUGAAAUUGAAAAAAUGUGGGUCUGUUACUUUUGUCCAUAAGAUUUUAGUUCUCAGAGGGAUAAUGCUUCUCCUUCUCUAAAUGAGAAAAGCCGUGUUUUUGUUUUUUUUCCACGGCAGGAACUUAAGCCUAACUACUGAUAGAUUUAGUUUUUUUAUGGCUUCCUAGCCAAAAUUUAAUGACAGAGUGAUUGUGUUUUCAAACAUAUGUUAUUCUGCAAUAUUCUGCCCCCUAGCAGUGAGACAUCACAGUAUCUGCGCGUAAAAAGAUGUUAUGCUGCCGUCUUAAAGUGUAAUCUGAGAGACGCUGCAAGCAAAUUUCAGUAUAUGUGUGGUGCUUUCAUCCCAGCAUGCAGUCAUUUGGUCUAGAAAACACCAACCAGCCCAGUGUGACCUCAUCGAAAGGCUUUUUUCAUCCAAAAAAAACAUUCAACACCUACAAAGGUAAACAAGGAAAAUCUGAGAACCUGAAAUCAAACAUUCCGAUUUUUCCUUUAAAAACUGCCGUAAAUGAUUAAUAAUCAAUUAACUCUAAUUUGGGUCACCUGUAAAUCAAAGUGGUUGCUUUCAGUAGGAUAAUCCAGUUGUAGUCUGCCCCCUACUGUACAGAUUUGGCAGUGCUCCUGUUCUGUGUGUGUUAGUAAACAGCAGGUAUAUCGUUGGAUUAGCGAUGAGCAACGACUCCAACGUCUCACAUGUCUGAAGCCUAAACUUUUGGGAAUUAUUUGAGGCUUUCAUAUGAGACUUUUUUAAUUUGAGAGAGGCGAUUCAACUUUAGCCUUCCCCCUAGUGGAUAAACUGAGCAGUGCAGCUGUUAUAUGUGUGUUAUUAAAAAGGAAAGCUCUCCACAGCCAAAGGUUUUAUUGCAUAUUUUUAUGGUUUCAGCUCCUUAAAUCUGGUGCUUAUCCUUUGUCACAUGCCAGUAAAUCACACCUUCAGCCAGUAUUAAAACCCGAGAGAGACACAAUAAAGAAAGUAAAUGAAUAAAAUAAUAAGUACUUGCAGCUUUAGAUGAUAUGUUACCUUUCAGAUGAGUUGUAGUCAUACGGCUUUAAGUUGCUGCAGUGAAAAAAAAAAUCUGGGUUUAUUGUGCUUUUUCAAAAAAAAUUAUAUUUCAAAAUAAUGCGUACACGAAAUGGCAGGCAGAGUGUGAUAA